AUGAGCGACUGGGACUCUGUUACGCGCAUUGGUGCCAGACACACUGGUGGCCCUGCCACCCGCGAGACUGUUGUCAAGGGUAAGAGCGCCUUGAACGCCGCCCAGCGCCAGGGUCUCGUUAUCGGUACUGAGAAGAAGUAUGCUACUGGUAACGCUGCCGGACGCUCCGGUGCCCCCGAAGGUCAGCACCUGACCAAGGUUGACCGCAGCGACGACAUCGUCAAGCCCAAGACCGUUGGCUACCAGGUGGCGGAUGCGAUCAAGAAGCGCCGAAACGAGGAAGGCUACAAGAUGACUCAGAAGGAACUCGCCACUAAGUGCAACACCACCAUCACUGUUGUUCAGGACUUCGAGCGCGGUACUGCUACUCCGGACCAGAAGGUCCUCAGUGCCAUGGAGCGCGUGCUGAACGUCAAGCUGAGGGGUACGGGCAUCGGACAGGAGAAGUUCCCUAAGAAGAAGUAAAUUGAUCGGGGGUGAGCCCGCGGCUUUUUCUUGGGGGAAUCGGAGUGAAAAAUCGAUGAUUGAAUAAUCGCUUCACCUUUUUUUUACUCUUUCGACGGCUUUUUCUUAUGGUUUUUAUUUGGUCAUGCCCGGGUUUACUUACGACCUUUUUUCUUUUUUCCCUUUUCGAGAGACUUUUUCGGAUGUUACGUUAUGAAUGAGAUCCCAUGAUU